AUGUUUGUUGUCCACUACCUACCAAAAUUUACUCCAGCUAGCUCUCCUACUGUGUUAAGCCUCUACCCAUCAUGGUUGGCAGAAAAUUUACUGCAACUUUACCAAGACCAGCAAUUUAGAAAACAUAACAAAGAUGAAACUAUCACUACACCUGUUGGUGGCUGUAUUGUAAGUUUUCUAUUAUAUCACUCGCUGUUUCUCUUCAAGUAUAUGUGGACAAUCCUAAUAUUUAGCAAAUAUAGAAUAUUCAUUCCACCUGUUUUGCAGGAGCCAUUGCUUUUUUUGGAUUGUGCUGUGACCAAAAACACAUUGAAGACUGUGAAUGAAAACACAUAA